GAUUGGGCCUACCCCAUUGCCUGCUUGCCCCUGCCUGCCUUUCCCGUCCCGCCUUCUCCGCUGUCCUCCGAAAUUACUCUCCCAUUCACACCGCCUAUCAUUCUUCCCUUCCUUCCGCUUCAAGAAGCGAGCUGGCUAUGUGUUCUCGAUAUAAUGGGCCUUAGCUGCCACCGCCUCGGCGCAACGUCGGCAGGAUGCUGACGAAAGACCCCCGCAGCCUCAAAUUCAGGGAAGGUAGCGUCGCUUUCCCUGAUGCUUAACUCCCCGUUCCCAUUCUCCACAAAAGCCCCAUCAAAUCAAAUUAAUUAAAUUAGAUUAAAUGAUUUCUGAUAUUACCGAGGACCCAACCCCUCGCGUUGCUCCAUCCGAUUUCUUUCGCUCUCCACCGCCGCCGAUUUGAUUGAUUCGCUGCUGCCGCCACCGGUGGGAUACUGAGAAGGGAAGACCUCCCGCAAUCGCAUCCACGAUCAUGAUGCAAGCCCUAGUCUUCUCGUCGUGCUCCGGCCCGUCAAGCGUCCGACGCCCGGUCUCCCUCUCCUGCACCCGGACAAGUGGGGCCGCCUCCCUCCGUUACGCCCGGAGCCACCGCUCCUCCUCCUCCCCCAGAUGCUGCGCCAUCUAUCCUCCCUCCGUCGCCGCCCGAGGUGGCGAGAAAGAGGAGGCCUUCAAGUUUUCGGAGGCCGCCAGGAGGGGGAACUUGCUGCCCCUCUACCAGACAAUAUUCUGCGAUCACCUGACGCCGGUGCUCGCUUACCGCUGUCUUGUUAAAGAGGACGACCGGGCAGCCCCGAGCUUUCUCUUCGAGUCGGUGGAGCAAGGCUCCAGUGGAACCAAUGUGGGCCGUUACAGUGUAGUGGGAGCGCAGCCGGCCAUGGAGAUUGUGGCCAAAGAAAACAUGGUCACGAUUAUGGACCAUGAAGCAGGGCGGAGAACGGAGGAGUUCCUUCAGGAUCCCAUGCAAAUUCCCAGGAAGAUCAUGGAGGGCUGGAAUCCACAGCUCAUUGACGAGCUUCCUGAUGUGUUUUGUGGUAUGUUAGAUACUGUUUUGGAGAUUCAGAAAACUGGAUGUGAAACUUUCUUGGCAGGUGGAUGGGUGGGAUAUUUUUCAUAUGACACCAUGCGAUACGUAGAAACAAAGAAGCUUCCAUUCUUCAAUGCUCCUGAGGAUGAUAGAAACCUUCCUGAUGUUCACUUAGGUCUCUACAAUGAUGUCAUAGUGUUUGAUCAUGUGGAAAAGAAAGCAUAUGUUAUUCAUUGGGUGCAUCUAGAUCAGUACUCUUCCAUUGAGAAGGCCUAUGAAGAUGGGAGGAAUCGGUUGGGCAUUUUGCUGUCUAGGGUACACAAUGUUGAUGUACCUAGGCUUACUGCUGGGUCUGUGAAGUUAUAUACCCGUCAGUUUGGUAGUUCAUUAAAGAAGUCAUCCAUGACAAGUGAAGAAUAUAAAAAGGCUGUCAUCCAGGCAAAAGAACAUAUCCUCGCAGGAGAUAUUUUUCAGAUCGUCUUGAGCCAGAGAUUUGAGAGGCGAACAUUUGCAGACCCAUUUGAAGUGUAUCGAGCGUUGAGAAUUGUGAAUCCAAGUCCAUAUAUGGCCUAUUUGCAAGCAAGAGGAUGUAUUCUUGUGGCAUCAAGCCCCGAAAUUCUUACUCGUGUAAAGAAGCAAAAGAUUAUCAACCGACCACUUGCUGGCACUGCUAGAAGAGGCAAGACAGACAACGAGGAUAAGUUGCUAGAAGAACAACUACUAAAUGAUGAAAAGCAAUGUGCUGAACACAUUAUGCUAGUUGAUUUGGGGCGGAAUGAUGUUGGAAGGGUCUCGAAGCCUGGUUCUGUAAAGGUAGAAAAGCUAAUGAAUAUUGAAAGAUACUCUCACGUGAUGCACAUCAGCUCCACGGUUACUGGAGAGUUGUUUGAUCAUCUCACUGGCUGGGAUGCUUUACGAGCUGCAUUGCCAGUUGGAACAGUCAGUGGAGCUCCAAAGGUCAGAGCCAUGGAGUUAAUCGAUCAGUUAGAAGUCAAAAGGCGUGGACCGUACAGUGGUGGUUUUGGAGGUGUCUCAUUUUCUGGUGAUAUGGAUGUUGCCCUUGCUCUCCGGACAAUUGUAUUUCCAACGGGGAGCCGCAAUGACACCAUGUAUUCGUACAAGGACAUGAACAGGCGCCAGGAAUGGGUAGCACAUCUUCAGGCUGGAGCUGGUAUUGUGGCAGACAGCAAGCCGGAUGAUGAGCAGAGAGAAUGCGAGAACAAGGCUGCAGCUCUUGCUAGAGCUAUCGAUCUAGCUGAGGCAACUUUUACAGAAUAGGUGGUGGAAUUCGUCCUACUUCAAGCCUCAUGUUAAGGAUUUGUAUUUUAGACUAAAAUGGAAUAGCACUACAUUACAUGUUGGCAACUCCAGGUGCUUUUUGACAUGCAAAACUUUUGGAAGACCAAGCUAGCAUGAAGAAUGCUAUCUUUUCGUUACGAGAGAUGCUAGCAAAUAAAGCAUCUUCAUUGUAUUAUUAUUUUACUCUUCUAUUAUCAAGAUGCUAUUGAAAAUUUUCGAUUGUUUC